AUGUCCUCUGGCAAUGACUCUCAUUAUGUUGCCUUGUUAGUGCUGAUGCUAUUAUCUUUUGCACUAUCUUCGGCUCUGUCUCAGGGUCACUGCAAUAAGCCUGCAAUCAUAUUUGUCUUCGGCGAUUCCAACUCGGACACGGGUGGACUCGCCUCCGGACUCGGUUUCCCCAUCAACCUUCCCAAUGGCCGCACUUUCUUCCACAAAUCCACCGGUCGCUUGUGCGAUGGACGCCUCGUCAUCGACUUGCUCUGCCAAAGCUUGAAUACAAGUUUUUUGACCCCAUACCUGGACGCCUUGUCAGGAUCCACAUUUACAAAUGGAGCUAAUUUUGCAAUGGUGGGGUCCUCUACUCUCCCCAAAUAUGUUCCUUUCUCUUUAAAUAUACAGGUCAUGCAGUUCCUCCAUUUUAAAGCUCGUACCCUUGAACUCACAACCAGAGGUGCUAGAAAUUUGAUCAAUGAUGAUGGCUUUCGGAAUGCACUGUACUUGAUUGAUAUCGGGCAAAAUGACCUUGCUGAUUCAUUUUCCAAAAACCUGUCAUAUAUGCAAGUUACCAAGAAGAUCCCAGCAAUUAUCACUGAAAUUGAGAACGCAGUCAAGAGUUUGUAUAAUCAAGGUGCUAGGAAGUUUUGGGUUCACAAUACUGGGCCUUUGGGUUGUCUUCCUAAAAUACUUGCAUUGACUCAAACGAAGGAGCUAGAUUCAUUUGGAUGUCUUUCUAGUUAUAACGCUGCUGCAAGAUUGUUUAAUCAAGCGCUGCUUCAUUUGUGUCAGAAACUAAGAACUGAAUUGAGCGGUGCUACUUUAGUGUACGUUGAUAUUUAUGCCAUUAAGUAUGACCUCAUCACAAACGCCACCAAAUAUGGUUUCUCAAAUCCACUGAUGGUGUGCUGCGGCUAUGGAGGACCUCCUUACAAUUUUGACAAAAGGGUGACAUGUGGUCAACCUGGUUAUCAGGUUUGUUCUGAAGGAUCUCGGUAUGUGAGUUGGGACGGGAUUCAUCAUUCUGAGGCGGCUAAUACAGUGAUAGCUUCUAAGAUACUUUCCACGGCUUAUUCCACACCACGGACACCUUUUGAUUUCUUCUGCCUCCACUGAUUAUCAUGUUCAUGUUCGUUAUGAACCAACAGUUAUGAGUUAUUGUCUAAUCAUCUAUGUAAUUCUCCAAGAACAGAGUUUGUCAUUUACGGAUUUACCAAUGCCCAUGCUUGUUUGUUCUUUCUUGGUUAGUAGACUCUUGCCCAUGCUGAAACCCUAUCAAAUUAGGGACACUAAAACUUUGCUAAUGUUAAAAAUGAAAGAAAA